CCCCAAGAUCCACCAGAUCCGCCAAACCCACCAGUCCUACUGUGUAGAACCUCCUCACACACAUGUCGUUGUGUGUCUGUACCCAUUAGGGCUCUGGUGUGAUGCAAGACACCCCAACACCCCAACACCCGGAUGCCCCACGAGUCAACACUUGUUUCCUGGUUCUCCGUCAGUCCAGAGGUCUGUACUGUCCGUCCCAACGAGUCUCGCCGGGGUCUGUGGUCCACGGAGAGAGAGUAUGAAGAAUACGUCUGAGACGCCUCACCACUGCCCCACAGGAAGUGACACAACAUGGACCCCUUGCUAAUCACCACCAUGACCAAAGAGCAGUGAUUGCCCCCCGCCCCCCCUCGCCCCUUGUGAAAGCCCAGCCCCCAUCCCUGUCGUAACCUGGUCCUAACCCCUCUCUUCGUGGGGACCCCCUCCUCGCUGCGCAAUCUCCUGCCAGCAGAACGUGUUCCUCACCUACCUCCUCCUCCUUCCCCCCUCGCCACCCCCUCCACUCUCCUGCACCUCUUUUAUUGUGAUCUCUUCACGUAGUAAUCAUGCCCAACGUCCUCCCCUCCACCCGACUCCCCCCUCUCCCUUUCCUGCUCCUCCUCCCCUCUGCACUCCUCCUCCUCCUCCACCUCCCGGCGGUCAGGCCCGACUGCUGGCUGAUCGAGGGGGACAAGGGCUACGUGUGGCUGGCCAUCUGCAGCCAGAACCAGCCCCCCUACGAGACCAUUCCGCAGCACAUCAACAACACCGUGCAUGACCUGCGGCUCAACGAAAACAAGCUGAAGGCCGUGCUCUUCACCUCCAUGUACCGCUUCACCAACCUCACCGACCUCAACCUCACCAAGAACGAGAUCAGCUACGUGGAGGACGGCGCCUUCGCCGGCCAAGCCAACCUCCAGGUCCUUCAGCUGGGCUACAACAAGUUGACCAACCUGACGGAGGGCAUGAUGAGAGGCCUGGGCCGCAUGCAGUGCCUCUUCCUCCAGCACAACCUAGUCGAGGUCAUCGCCAGCAAUGCAUUCUGGGAGUGCCCCAGCCUCAGCAGCAUCGACCUGUCGUCCAACAAGUUGGCGCGCAUUGAUCCCUCCACCUUCACGGUGCUGAGCCGCCUGAUGGUGUGUGAGCUGGCGGCCAACCCCUUCCACUGCGGCUGUGAACUCUACACCUUCCUCACCUGGAUGGAGUCCUUCAACAACGUCACCCACACGUACGACCGGCUCCAGUGCGAGACGCCCCGAGAGAUGUUCGGCUACCCCUUGCUGAGUCCCAUCGCCGCCGGCCACGCAGGCCGCAACGCCAAGAACAUCCUGUCCUCCAUCUGCAGGGAUGGGAUGUACAUCCCAGGCAUGACCUCCCUGCCCCCUGACCUGGACGGGGCGUCCGGGAUGGGGAUGGAGAUGUUCGGUGGCAUGGGGCCGUACCACCAGCCCACCACCUCCUCCGGCGAGCACGGCUUCACGCCCACAAUAAAGCUCCACCACGUGUCUCUGUCCUCCGCCUCCAUCCUGGUGCAGAUCCCACGGCCCUUCAGCAAGAUGUACAUCCUAACGCAGUACAACCACACCUACGUGUCGGAUGUGAUGAACCUGAAGAACAAGAAGGAGCUGAUCACACUGGACAAGCUCAAGUCGCACACAAACUACACCUUCUGCGUGGCGUCCAUCCGCAACUCCCAGCGCUACAACCACACCUGUCUGGAGUUCGCCACACGGGCGCAGAAACAAGACGAGCUGCUGCCCACGCCGUCCACCACGUCCCACUACAUCAUGACCAUUGUCGGCUGCCUGUUCGGCAUGCUCAUCGUGUUAGGCUUCGUCUACUACUGCCUCCGCAAGAAACGAAUGCACGACGAGAAACAGAAGUCCAUAUGUGUGAAGAAGACCAUCCUGGAGAUGCGCUAUGGACCGGAGGUCGCUGCGGCGGUCGCCAACGAUCCAUCAGCGGUCCACAAACUCCAGGAGCAGUCCAGAGAGCACCACCAGUACCAGCAUCACCACGGGGGGAAGCUGCCCAUGUCCGCCUCCUCCAGUUCGGGCAUGCUCCACUCGGCCAACACUAGCACCUCCAGACUCUCGUCCAUCCCCCAGGUGGAGAAGAUGUCAACAGCCUUCUCCGACGCCAUGCUCACAAGCAAAGGGAACUACAUGGACGUCCGCAGCGGGGCGGCGGGGAUGGACCGCGUCGGGGACGGAGGCCUCAGCCGGCUGAGGGAUGACGACGGCAAUGCCACCGACAUCGGCGAGGACUCCGACGACGACGGGCGGGGCUCCGCCUCGGAGAUCUCCACCAUCGCCAUGGAGGUGGACAAGGUCAACCAGAUCAUCAACAACUGCAUCGACGCCCUGAAGCUGGAUGCGGCGGCGGUGGCGGCGGCCGGGGCCUCGGCCAACCACACGUCUUCCCCCACCUCCCCGCCGCCGACCAGCACUUCCUCCUUGACGCGGGGCAUGAUCCCCCUGUCCCAGGUCGUCACGGACACCUGCCAGGGGAACCCCUCCAGCAAGGCGCCCCUCCCUGCCCCCCUCCCAGCAUUCAGCGUCCCUCUCUCUGAGCGUCCCGGGAUCAGCGGCGGGGGAUUCGUGGUCACCCCGCCGUACCGUCCCCCUCCCCCGGCCAGCGCCGUGCGGCCCAUCCAGCGGCAGAUGAGCGCGGACGCGGCGGUGGUGAUGGUCAACGCCGUGAAGAAGCAGUGCAGCACCACCUCCUGCGGCUCCGUAGGGAGGGACCGGGAGCGCGGUGGGGCCCGUGUGUACAGCCUGGACGUCCCUGAGCCACGGAGCCCCGACGCCUGCGGCCAGCAGCAGCAGUACCCGGAGCGGGCCAGUCCAGUGGGCUGCGGGGAGCCCCAGGAGAGGCUUCCACUGGUAGGGGGUGGCAGCUUCAACGGAGGGGGUGGUGGUGGGUGCGACAGUGGUGGUCUUGGUGCCCAACAUCAGGACAAACAGAAGCAUCAGCACCAUCAGCAGAAACAACAACAACAGCAACAGCAGCAGCAACAAAAGCAACAACAACAACAACAACAACAACAACAACAGCAGCAGCAGCAGCAGCAGCAGGAGCAGCUGGAGGUGCAGCAGGACUACCACUGUUCGGAGCACCGCCACUCCGUCCCGGCCCUCUACUAUGAGGGCUCCCACCAGGGCUCCCCGGCCCAGAGGGUCUCCUUCUUGAAGCCCCUGACCCGGGCCCGCCGGGACGCCGCCUCCUAUUCCCAGCUCUCCCCGGCUCGCCACCACUCCAGCUACUCCGGCUACUCUUCCAGCCCGGAAUACUCCUCUGAGAGCUCCCUGCGGAUCUGGGAGCGCUUCCGCCCGUACCGCAAGGGCCACCGCGACGAGUCCUGCUACGUGACGGCUGGCAACGCCCUCCGCAAGAAGGUGCAGUUCGCCAAGGGUGAGGACCUCCAUGACAUCCUGGACUACUGGAAGGGGGUCUCAGCGCAGCAGAAGCUGUAAGCGGCCGCCGGGAGGAAGAACCAUGUCCCUGAUCGGUAGACGAUCACGUCCCUGACACGGCAAGGCCGGCCAGCCGUGGGCAUCACCGGUGAAGGAGGAGGCAAAUUUUUAUCUUUGAAUUUCUUGGCAUGAGAUGUCCUGGAUUGAACACGGAGGGUGUGGAGGGAGGAGCUCUGACUUUUACGUUUGUGUGAGAAACAUUCCAGCGCUUCAUUUUACACCUUGGUUUCGAGAGGCGUUUUGGAUUUCUGUCCUUCAGCGAUCCGCCAGUGAGGGUGGUGGGUGUUAUUUUUGGCACUCUUUAAUUAGUGCACAGUACAAAGUGCACAUAGGGAGCGCACUAUUUGGAAAAUCUCUCUCAGUGCCAUCUUAAUUGCAAACCAUAGAGCGGAAUAGCUUAAUGUGUAUGUGUUCUUGUGUGUGUGUGUGUGUGUGUGUGUGUGUGUGUGUGUGUGUGUGUGUGUGUGUGUGUGUGUGUGUGUGUGUGUGUGUCUGUGUGUGUGUCCACACUCAUACAUGGUUCAUCCAACCGUAUGACUUUGCAUUGCUUUACUCAGAAUCCCAUCCACUGGGGGUCUGUGUUCAUUUAUUCCUUCAGGGCCACCAUACAUGUAAUAGGAUAACACACAAGCACUAGAAAGAACCAUGACCCAAUUAUAAAACCGCAAGAGAAAGAAAUAACUAGUCACAUGUUAUAAACUGAAAACAGGAUAGAGGUAGAGAUAUGAACGUUUUGGUCCAGCAGUGAUAAAUAUAUCAAGUAGAUCAAUGAGAGCAUUCAAGGAGAAUGCAACAACAACUAAAUCAAUUUGAGAACAGCAGUAGCAGUGCACUCCAAAUCCUUUUGUCCUGCUCGAUGCGAUGCAGACUCUACACAAAUUUGUGCACUAAUGUCCACAGCCAUGCGUUGUAGAAUCGAUUACGUUCCAAGAACCUUUGCCUAAGCUUUGCACUCAGAGAACAAGAGUGUGCGCUCUAAACUCUAAUGGGAAGAGAAAUGAGUUGGAGUUACUAUUACUGCAGCCUGCUUGUACAACCUAAUGCCAUUACCUUCUGCUGGGGUCAAAUAGGUCCAUAAUGAUGGCCUAAGAUGGUUGUGCAGAUGUCUAGACUUAUAACAACACAUUAAUGUUGAUAUGAUAGUAAAAGUGCACCGUAAAGAUUAGGGUGCAUUCCUCAUGGUAUGUGGCAGAUGAUUGCCUCCAGUCCUCUUCCUUAAUACCCAGUCCGCCCAUCAGCUCAUGUAUCCCUGUUGGGAGCUUGGCACUGGUCCUGCUCGAUUAAUCGUUAUUACAACCAGUCCAGGCUGGAGAUGUCUCUGCCAGCGGAUUUGACAUCGCUCACAGCUCUGGUCACAACAGAGCGUCACUGCGAUGAAGAGGCUUGACACUAAUUGUGAAUGACCGUUAUGAAGUGUCUCCUGAAUGACAGAUACAGCUGCCAUGUGACGCCCCCUCCUAGACUUCUGUGUUCUGUGUCUGCCCACCACUUCACCUUAUUCAAUUAUCUUUGAUCCCAAUCACAUAUGACACCUCGUCCAUGUGUGUGUUGUUUGAUUCAGUGUUUGUCCACCUUUAGGUAAGAGCACCUUAAGGUGCCGUCCGAUGAACUCCAUGGAAGAUACGUAGGCUUUCCAUUCCUACUGCAUCACAGCCUCCCCAUGCAUCCCCCCCUGUUCCCUGUCCGUCACUGUGUCUUCUAUCGGAGGUUUGAUAAGUUUCCAAUGGACGCUCCAGUGGACGUACGACUGCCACGCUGUGUUCCCUGGACUCAGGAGACUGACACGGGUCCGUCUGUCCGUCUGUCAGGCCUCCAAGUGGAGGCUGACCCUGUCCCGGCUGUGGGGCCCCCCACCCUGCCACCUGCUGCUCUCCAAAGCAGGAAGCGAUAACGCGCUACAUGUGUGAAAACGUAAUCAAAAAUAAAAGAUCUCCCACCCAUCAGGGGGGCCCCCGAGAACUCAGAGAGGGCCUCGCUGCAGGAGGUGGGGAACCCGGUACUAAGAGAGGCUCUCGCUCCAGGAGGUGGGGAACCCGGUACUCAGUGGCUCUCGCUCUAACAGGUGGGGAACCCGGUACUCACAGAGGAUCUCGCUGCAGUAGGUGGGGCGGGUCAGACCGCAACGGACUGAAAUCUGGAAAGAGGAGAAGAAGAAGGAAUAUCUCUCGCUGUGAGUUUUUUGUUUUUUUAAGGAACCUUGGAAUUUACGAAGGACUGUGGACUGAUUUCCAGACGCUGGAGGGAGUGUAUGUUAGAGGACCCUCGCGAGGCGUCUGUGAAGUAGUUAUUAAUAGCAUGAGAGCAUUUAUUUCCUUUUUUUAUGACCUUCUCCCUAUCAUGUGUGAACGACUGCCAUUUGAAUACGCCAACCUUUAACGGUACAAUGUGAGACAAAGAUCCAAUAACAUGUUUUGAUUUAACGUUGGAGUGAAGGAAGGUGAAUCACAAACAAAUCAGUUCAGUUAGUUUUAUGAGGAACAAAGACUGUAGUGUGGUUUCAGCUGCCCUGCUGCUCGCGGACCCCCAUUCAUCAGCAUACAGCCCCUUCCCUAUCGAUGCCUCCGCAAUCUUCCACAAAUGCUCAUUAGCAUUUUUCCCAUUGCAAUGUUCUCUACCGAACACAUCGUAAACAUAACGUUUGCACCCAGGAGUGGCAAAGCUCACCACAAACAUUAAAAAAGUUAGAAUCCCGCUGACUAAUUAACUACAGAGUUAGCGUAGAGUGUAGCAUCUAAAAUGGCUGACUGCCUGCUACAAUUUAAUGCAUCUUCUCUAGGCAUCAAAAUGAGUCGAGUUUACAAAAUGGAGUUUACAACACACUGGGGUCAGCACUGUCCAUAAAUAAAGCAAUGCUUCUCAUUCUGUGCACAACCUCUCAGUCACUGGCCUCCGCUCAGACCCGUGCAGCUAGCAGCCGUGCUAGGAGCUCUUGUGCAUCGUGCUCAUGAGAUAUAUGCAAUGCAUAUUCAUAGUUCGGUAUAACAAGGUACAAAAGAGUCACACUGUGCCUCGUGCCUCCACGUAUGUUCUGCUCAGUGCGUAGGAGGCACACACAGUUCAACUGAAUAUGUCCCACAGAAACUAAUGGCAUUACAUUUUGUAUUCAUGCUGCAUUGCAUGAAUUUUUAAUUUGCUCAUGGUCAGUGGAGCUCCGUGCUGAUUGGCUGUCCCCCCCCCCCCAGAGGCGGGGUUGACCCUCGGGUUGAUAGGCCGUCUUCAUCCCGAGUCCCCGUCGCUUGCCCAGAGCCAUAAAACCGAGCAAGCUGUGAAAGCGCUGCCCGUGUGGUGUUCUGUUAACGCUGCCCAUGUGGUGUUCUGUUAACGCUAACAUUGCCCGUGUGGUGUUCUGUUGAUACUAACAUCGCCCCGUCGUGGUCGCUUUACUUCCAUCUCCGGACUCUGCAGAGGGAAGUGGUCAGAGUGCGUCUCUCUGCAGAAGGAAGCCAGACUUUCUUUCUUUUAGUUUUUUUGCACCUUGUAAUGCCGGCUGUAAACUCUAGAGCCAUCCCAGGACUCCCAUUCCCCUUCCCCUUCUCCUCUCUUAUCCUCUGACCUCCUCCCCCCUCCCCUCUCCAUCCCCUCUCCUCCCCCCUUCCCUCUCCUCCCCCUACCCUCUCCUCCUCUCCUCUAUCCUCCCCUCUCCUCUACUCCCCCCUUCCCUCUCCUCCCCUCUCCUCUCCUCCCCUCUCCACCAGGGCUUCCCCCUGUCUUCAUGGCUCCUCAAGGAAGCCAUGCCAGCAGAGAUAUCUAACGCUUUGGAAAUAUGCAACACAUUCCUUUACACUUUUGAUGCCUAGGUAUUUAGAAGGGCUGCUGGUCGAGGGUGCAGAUCUCCUCAGAUGUUCAGGGCCAUAGUGGUAGUAGGAGUACCAGUGGAUUGAGUGGAAGCUGUUGAGAGAUUACCAACAAGAAGAGAUCAAUGAGUGAGAGAGAGGAUGUAGGGGGAGGGGGAGUAAGAUGUUAGAGAGGGAGGUAGGCAGGGUGUGGAGGGAUCGAGGUGAGGUUGGAAGAGAGAGAUGGAGAAGAGGUUUCCUGACAUUUACGGCGGCCGGUCAGGUCAAACAACCUUCACAGUGGAACAGUUUUUCUUGUGUCUGUUCCAGAAGGCCACUUCACUCUUCGUCUGUAUUUAUAUAAGUCUAUGUUAAUAUGGUUCAUAUGAUGUUAAUGGCCGGCCACGGCCAUUAAAGUAUUCAUAAGUACCUAUGUUAUGAUGUCUGCCCUGAAUGACCUUUUACAAAACGAACAAAACGUCCAAAUACUAAAUCAGUAAAAAUGUCAUGCCAUGCUCACGCAACCAACCCCCCCCCCCCCCAGACACACACAGACAAUCUGAAAGGACAUAUGCUUGUAGGUCUCUCCAGAGUGUUUCAUGGCUGAAUAAUUACCCUGACUGCACCGCCCCCCCCCCCCCCCCCCCCCCCCCUUACACACACAGACACAAUAAGCUAAAUUAGCGUGAAUAAUAAGGCCUCUCUCAUCCCUCGUCUUUAGCAGAGCUCCCUUGUAGCGCUGACAGCAGAACCCUGGAUCAGUAAUUCCCUGUCCUCCUUUCUUCUGCUCGUACAUUAUGGCAUCCGUUAGUCAAUGGUAAGGCUGGAAGCUCUCUGGCUGUGGGUCCACAUUGAACUCAUGUUGCGCGUCGACUAAUACCUGCUGUUCGGCAUCGCGGCCUCAGAUGAUAGAUGGAUAGAUAGAUAGAUGGGUAGAUAAAUAGAUAGAUAGAUAGAUAGAUAGAUAGAUAGAUAGAUAGAUAGAUAGAUAGAUAGAUAGAUAGAUAGAUAGAUAGAUAGAUCGAUAACAACUUUAUUAAUCCCCCGAGGGGAACUUCCUUUGUUACUGCAGCAGUGGAAAACACAGGAUAAGAUAUGAUACAAAAAAAAGUACUAAUGAAAACCAAAUACUAAAGUAAAGACAAACAAAAAUCGGGCAAAACCGGUAUAAAACAUUUAAAUUAUAAAGUGUAAAUUAUAAUUAUGACAUAAAAAUGUAAAUUAUAACACUGAUAGAAGUGGCCUUCUAUCAGUAAGUGGAUCAGUGAGAUGUGUUCUGGGAUGUGGCCAUGAGGAGUUGGUUGAUUCACCAUACGUUUGAAAUGCUGACUUCCCCGGUCGGGCCGACCCCUCUCCCACUAAGCCGACGUGUCACUCUAAGUGUUAGUUAGUCCUCCUCGUCGUUGUACUACCAGGAGAGCAUUAGGAGGCUGAGGAGGGCCUGAACCAAAGCAAAGACAAUGUGUUAGGAGAGGAACUGGAGCUAAUAACACGAGGGUCCACCCGUGGGAGAGCAGCACUAUGAGUGAUCAUGGUCAGGCCAGGCCGCUGUGGAGCUGGACUAGCAGACAGUCGUCUGAGUGAACUCCAGCUGUCUUUCCCUCUCAGUCUUAGUCCUCCUGAUGCCAGCAGCGGAACAGAGUGGAGGAGGUUUGGGCUUUGAUGCUCUUCUCCAUUUAGCGGUUUUGUUUUAGCGAUGCAUGACGUAGUGGCAGUAAGUUAUUUUUAAUUUUCACCUGAUAUGCAAUGUCUCUUUCAAGCUCAGAUAUCUCCCUACUAAAAGAUGUUAACGCCAUCACAAACAUAUCAAUGUUUUUAUAACCCGAGCAGCAGAGCAGCUGAACGAGGCCAUGUUGGUCGAAGAGUAGGGCUCUGGAUUGACCACAAGAACUACUUUUCCAAUCGAGUAACGUUAUGAACAUUAACAUUAUGUUUUCGUCAUUUUGUUAUGUUUGCACAAUAUGCAUAGGCUCCGUGUCGUCAUGGGAGGGCUUGCGAAGACAGGAAGUGAUUUAAAGUAUCUGUGAAAUAUCUGUGAAUUUUGUACACUGGAAAAAAUAAUGAAAUGUUAAAAAACAGUGAAUAUUUUAUACGGAGCCUUGUUGAUGUUUGUGUGUUUCUUAAGUUUUGGUUGAAUGUUUUCUCUUUUUGUUAUAGUGUGUGUGCGAGUGUGUUUGCGUGAGCGUGUGUUUGUUUGUUUGUAUGUGUGUGUGCUUUUAUUUUGAGGGGGGUGAGGGGGGCUGUUAUGGGGAAUAUAUGGUGUGGAUUUUAUUACUUGCAAUGAUCUAUGUCCUAAAGGUUUAAGAGCAGAGAAAGCUUAAAAUAGUGAAGUCCAUCAACAGACAAAAGUGUUAUAUUUGCAUGACUCCUUGUAUUUUUUGAGAGAUGAAAAUAUAUUGUUGUGUAAAAAACUGAGUGGAUGUACAUUGAAAAUAUAACUCUUCUUACAGUUUA